CGCUGCUGUUUACACACUCCGCUGCUCCUCCGCCGGCUGGGCUGUCCGGUGCGCCUCUGCGGUCGGUCCGGGACGGUAUCGAACUCCGCUUUUAUGAAUGAAUAACGAGACGGGGAAAUGCCCGUGACUGCGAAACUCCCCCUACAGCCGGGCUCCCGGGGGGCCAGCCACCGAUGAGAGGGAUUAACGACGGAGCCGAGCCGCGGCUCAUUGCGGAAAAAAGCGAGCCUUGUCUGCAGACUGGCGUGGAGACGCACCGUGAGAGGGAAACGGGCUCCAUAGCAUAGCGCAAGGGGAACAAAACCGCGGCGACCACAAUGUCCAUCCAUAUCGUGGCUCUGGGCAGCGAGUGCCCCGGAGGAGUCGGGCCAGGAGAUGAGAUGCUGGGGCAGGGGCAGCUACAGGGUGGGUUGCUGUGGAGCUACCUGGGUCACGGAGCGAUGGUGGGACCGUGCGACCUGGAAAGCAGUCUGCACAACCCGGCCUUCAUGGAGUACACCUCACGUGUCUUUGGAGAUGUCACGGUAGUGGUUCGGGAUUGUCCCAGCUGGGACUUAUUGGACAGCGACUGGGCCAGUGUUCGGAAAGUUCUUGAGCAGGCGGACAUCCUGGUCAUUAAAUAUUCAGUCACUGACAAGCUGGCCUUCCAGCAGGUCAGGAAUGGCUACGCUCCGAGACUCCGCCCGCUCCUGAGGCACUGGGGUGUUCCUGUCAUCCUUGUUGCUGUGGGAGCGCGGCUGAAUGAUGAAGGGCCUCCUUGUACAUGUCCACUGUGUGCGUCUGACUGGAGCAGCUGCGUACCUCACAGUGAAGGUUUGCAGUUGUCCCGGGACCUGGGAGCCACCUAUCUGGAGUUGCCCUCCCUCAACCACGUUUUCGUGGGUCGCUAUUUCGGCAGUGUGCUGGAGUACUUCAUGAUUCAGUGUCUGAAACACAAAGCCAAAGAGAGGCCAGAGAAGAGGCGAGGAAAUAAAGUGAAUGAGCUUCGCCCCCCUCACUUAGAACAACCAGCUCGUCUUCCCCCUAUUAGAGUGGAGGAGUCCAGCUUCUCCCAGGACAUGCAGUGGUUGUUGGAGCGUGGCGUGCAGUUCGCCGAUGUGGCUUUCUAUGCCGGGGAUUCUGGGAAAGAGCUGGGUUGGGCGCAUGCCGCUGUGCUGUGCUCUGUCAGCCCGUACUUCAGACAGCUGCUCCUGGGGCCCAAGACCAGGGAACGUCCACAGUCGCGGUGUGUUUGCAGAGAGCGUGACGGAGGCCCCCACUCUCUGCUUUCCACCUGGGAUGGGAGUAUUAUUGAUGACAUGCCAAGAUCAGAUGGACACUUGACGGGACGCCUCACUCGUUUGGUAGUGAAGGACCCCCUCCUGUGCAUGUGCUUGUGGGAGACUCUCAUGUUCAUUUAUAGAGGAGCGUGGGAGUGGGAGCACCUCCAGGAGGCCCUGGAAGAGAAGCUGAAGAACUCGCUCGCUGUGGCUCAGCUUAUGGAUCGCAUACGAUCCCUCAUCGGCAGAGAAAGGGGCACCAGGGACACACCAAGUGCGAGGGCAGCUCAGCUUGGUCCCCAGACUCUCGUCAACCUCUUCAAUUCUCCUCUGUACUCUGAUGUCAUCUUCAUGGUGCAAGGGAGUGUACUGCCAGCCCACCGGGCAGUGUUGGUAGCCCGCUGCGAUGUCAUGGCGGCCAUGUUCAGUGGGAAGUAUGCAGAGGCUCGGAGCCGAGUGGUGCCCAUCCACGGCGUUUCUUCAGACACCUUCCUGUCUUUCCUAGAGUACCUCUACACUGAUUCCUGCUGUCCUGCCAGUGUGCUGCAGGCCAUGGCCGUGCUGGUUUGUGCCGAGAUGUACCAGGUGAAACGACUCCAGCACCUAUGUGAAGUCUGCGUCUGUGCUUACCUUCAGAGCAUGCCCAGUAGAGAGCUCGCAUCAACAGGUAUCAGCGUAGUUCGACUACUCCGCAGGGCAAAGUGCCACAAUGCAGAGCAGCUCUAUGUCUGGCUCCUCCACUUCAUCGCCAACAACUACCUAAUCUUCAGUCAUAAACCUGACUUCCUGGAGCUCUCAGAUGAGGAGCGUGAGCAGGUGGAGAGGCUACGCUGGCCAUCCAGAGGCUACCUGCAGGAGCUCAGCGAGUACCAGCAGCGACGGCGCAAACUCCGCAAGUCCCGCUGCAUUGUCAUGUGACCAAACCUGGACGCCAAAGCCUUCUGUGGGGGAGAGCAAAGGAGGACAAAGAAAAAAGAAAACAAAGGAUUACAAUGCACAUCAACAUGUGGGAAACCAGACAGAAGACACAUUUUUUUCUUUUUAUCCUGCUGUAUGAAGGGCUGAACGCAGAUGAUGCAGAGGUGGGGGAAAAAAGAAAAAAAAGAAAAAAGGAAAGACUCCUUAAACAGACCGCUGCAACAUGCCUCUCCUCCCUCAGUGGACUGACUGGCGCAUCCUUUGCAAAAUGAUUAUUGAGGGCAAUAAUAAAAUAACUGAUCCACAAAACCCAAUAAGACUCUAAUAUGACUGGCCACUGGCCGGAGUCUCCGAAAGAUUGCAUUUCUAAUUCCAUGCGAAGCUGCAGAUUUCAGUGAUGACCAGUGACACAAAAUGGCUUCAGUACAAGUAUUGCUAUAUCAAAUGUCCACACAUCUGUCGGAAAAACAACCAGGAUCAUGUGCGGUCUGGAUCAAAACUACAUUAACGGGUAAUGUGACUUCAGGUUGAUUAAACGGGAAGAUAAUAGUGCUGAUGAGUUCUCUUAUCUACUCAACGCCUAAUAACAGCUGUGUGUCUUCUGUACGCUGGACACAGGACCUCUGUCAUAAAUGAAACCCACGAUCACUCAUGAUGCAUUCCGUCCUGUUUGAUCUAAAGAUUGUGAACUUGUGCAAACACAGAAUUUCUCAAAGUGCCCAUAUUGUGCUCAUUUACAGACUUGGAAUUUUAUUUGGAGGGUCUACUAGAAUAGAUUUACAUACUUCCAUGUUCCAAAACAAAUCAUCCUUCUCAUACAGUACAUUGCUGAAACACUCCCUUUUCUAUUCAUGGCUUCAGUCUCUUUAAGCCCCCCCUGCUGAAAAGCCCAGUUUGUUCUGAUUGGUCAAGCGGCCCAAUGAAAGACAGUCACCAAAAAGUAAUGAGAAAUAUUACUUAAUUUUUCUUUUUCUUGCAACAAAGCUCAUUUUAUUCUGUUCAACUUGUCACCUGUUUGUAUAAACAGUGUUAAGCAGUGAGCUAGUUCUCACCAGUCAUGUGACAGUAUGGGUCUCCAUUGGAGUCAUGACCAAGAGGUACCCUAUCUGAGUCUCCUUUUCACUCAUUCACUCGGUCCUUGUGUGUCUCAUUAAAGUCUGGUUCAUUCACUGUGGGUGUAAACUUUCAGUCUGAGUUAGGUUCCAGCAAAUCUCCUCACAGCUCACCCUUUCAAGCUUCACUGGCUCUCACUGGCCAUAGUGGGUAACAGGAGAGCAAUUUAAUAAACAUAUCUGUGCAGGGAGGAAAACUAACCUGUGUGUAUUUCCAGUAAUGGACACAUUCGCUGUGAAAGAAACACCUCGAUAGCAAAAGCUCAGAGUUCAACCACGCAUGUUUGAACACUAAAUUUACUUGCAUCAUGACCAUUUAUUUCUUCACCCAAUUCAGAGCCUUCUCUGAGUCUCUGAAUUGGGCGACUGUGUUUUUUACGUCACCUUUUGUGCUAAAUUACAUCCUAAACUCAUUUGUUGGUCACAAUUUCCUGACUGUGUUUUUUUUGGAACAAAUCUUUCUGAGAGUUAAGAUAAACAGCACUAACAGCAUAGAUUAUGGGCCCUAUGGUGGAAUAAUUGGUCAUGAUAUACGUAAUUUAUCAUCGCUGCUGGUAGCAGUGUCACUCAUUUUCAUGUGUAACCAGGAACUCAGUUUAGCAAACUGAGCAGGACCAAUUUACACACAACUCUUCAUUCAAUCCUUCCACAUCGACAGAGCAGCAUCAGUGACUGUCUUACCGCCAGAUUGAUUUUUACACUUUCGUGGAGAAAAGGCUCAAGCCUCAAAUCAAACAGCAUCUAGCCUGUAUUAAUAUCUGUACACCAAAUCUACAACAAUAAUCAGUGUUUUUUUUUUUUUUUAACUUUUACUUUGCAGGUUAAUAAGAGUUUUAAAUGGUUGCUUUUCUGUUUGCAAUAAUAAAUAAAGACCUGUCGCUGUCACAAAAAGGCAAAAGCCUUUCGCUGCAGUUAUAGUGGUAUGAAGAUGCAGGAAAAAAAGCACCAUAUCAUGAACAUAAGUUAGAACAGUAAAAAUCUCAAAGCCUCCGGGUGGAUAUGAGAGAUUUAUUUUAUCCUUUUUUUUUUUUUGAAAUGUUUUUAAUCAUAAUGAGAUUAUGAUUUAUUGGUGCUCAGUUAUUUUUGUAAACUAUACGGUAUGUAAACAAUUUUUUUUUUUUUUAAAUAUUUGGAGUAGAGACAAACAGGGUGGCACUACUUUACAGUCUAAUGUUUCACUGCUGUUUAUUUGAUUUAAAAAAGGCAAACAGAACAACUGAACAGCUUUAUUUCUUAAAUAAACCUUCAAGGAGCGAAAACAAUAAGGAGUGACAGCUCGUGGGUGUUUUUUUCUUUUAAUUUUGUGGGUCACAAUCAAUUAGGGCUGCAACUAACGACUAUUUUGAUAGUCGAUAAGUCAUCGACUAUUAAAACG